UACUGGUUGCCACGUCGAAAACACAGAGCGGUUCGAUCAGAACGAACCGAGUAUAAAUAACCGUAAAUACGUUUAUUAAUUUAAUUCUUAUUAGAAACUUUACUUUUAAAUAUGGUGUCGGUCAUCAACACCGUGGAUACCUCACAUGAGGACAUGAUUCAUGACGCCCAGAUGGAUUAUUAUGGCACCAGGCUGGCGACCUGCUCCUCUGAUCGCUCUGUCAAGAUCUUCGAUGUGAAGAACGGUGGACAGAUUCUUGUGGCUGAUCUGCGGGGACACGAAGGUCCAGUUUGGCAGGUGGCCUGGGCACACCCCACCUACGGUAACAUCCUGGCCUCUUGCUCCUACGACAGAAAAGUCAUCAUCUGGAGAGAAGAAAACGGCACAUGGGAUAAAAUGUACAAAUACACGGGACACAACUCUUCAGUGAACUCUAUUUGUUGGGGACCCUAUGACUUCGGUUUAAUUCUGGCCUGCGGAAGCUCCGAUGGUGCAAUCUCAAUCCUGACCUACACCGGUGAUGGACAGUGGGACAUUAAGAAGAUAAAUAACGCGCACACGAUCGGCUGUAACGCAGUGAGCUGGGCUCCCGCUGUUGUUCCGGGCAGUCUCAUAGAGCAGCCGACGGGUCAGAAACCCAACUACGUCAAGAGAUUCGUUUCUGGGGGCUGUGAUAACCUGGUCAAGCUGUGGAAAGAAGAAGAUGGCCAGUGGAAGGAGGACCAGAAGCUGGAGGCACACAGUGAUUGGGUGAGAGAUGUAGGCUGGGCUCCAUCUAUUGGUCUCCCCACCAGCACCAUUGCCAGCUGCUCUCAGGACGGUCGAGUGUUCAUCUGGACGUGCGACGACCCGUCCGGAAACUCGUGGACUGCUAAACUCCUGCACAAAUUCAACGAUGUGGUGUGGCACGUCAGCUGGUCCAUCACUGGCAACAUCCUGGCCGUGUCUGGAGGAGACAACAAGGUGACUCUGUGGAAGGAGUCUGUGGACGGACAGUGGGCCUGCAUCAGCGACGUGAAUAAAGGCCAGGGCGCGGUGUCCUCCAUCGCCGAGGGUCAGCAGAACGAGCAGUGAUGAAGAACCCUGCUCAGAGACCGAGGAGCUUAACUUAAACCUCAGAGACGUUCUUAGACCAAUAAUCCAUCACUUUCUGAAAUUCCACCAAAUCCACGCAGCUGCAGGAGUCGAAAAAGCAGAAAAAUGAAACAGUUUUUAUAGUUUCCUGCCAAAAGAUUUUACUUUUAAUAAAUAAAGUGUCCAUGACGGAUUGUUUAUGGCUUGAUGAUGAUAUCGAUGAUAUUUGGUUAAAAACUGUUGUUGAUUUUCCUGUAAUAUAAGAAGCAUCGAAGCCUGGUCUUAUAUUUAAUGUCUUCAGUGUAGAUGAAGAUGAUGUCAUUUUGAUUUGUUUAAUUGCCACUAAAAAUAAAUUUUUAUAAGAAUUGAGAA